CGGUGACGGGCGGCCGCCACGCGCGGCGCGGCGGCGGGGGCGGGGCCGUGCCCCAUCCCCGCCUCCUGGCCCCGCCCCCUCCCCCUGUCCCGCCCCCGUCGGGGACGGGCGCGGCGGGAGCGCGGCGGCGCGGCGGGACGGAGCGGCCGGCGGUGCCGGCAGUGGCCCGAGCCCGGCGGGGAGCGGCAGCGGCAGGAGCGGGACGGCGGGGGCCAGCCCGCCAAGCCGGGCGGGAUGGAUAAGUACGACGAUCUGGGUCUGGAAGCCAGCAAGUUCAUUGAAGACCUCAACAUGUACGAGGCCUCCAAGGACGGUCUCUUUCGGGUGGACAAAGCUGCCGGCAACAACCCCGAGUUUGAGGAGACCAGGCGGGUCUUCGCCACCAAAAUGGCCAAGAUCCACCUUCAGCAGCAGCAGCAGCAGCAGCAGGAGGAGAUGCUGAUGGCCGCCCUGAACGGAGGGGCUGCCCUCGGCGCGCCCCGGCCCAGCCCGCCGGCGGCACGGGGAGCCAAGCCGCCCCCCGCCGCCGCCGAGGGGCCGCGCCUCAGGCCGUGCGACGGCGGGGAGCGCGCCGAGGCCCCGGGCGGCCAGGCUGGGCGCCGCGGCUGGGAAGCGGAGCCCGACAGGGCCCCCCGGGCGGGGGGCUCACGGCCCGGCGCCGGCCGCGGGGAGCAGCGGGCCGGCAGCCCCGGCGACCCCCGGGCCGGCCGCGGCGGGCAGGAGAACGGCGGCGAGGCCAGGCGGGGCGGCGGCGGCCGUGACCCGACGGCGGCCGGGCAGCGGUCCUCCUCCUUCUCGCACGCCCGGAGCCCCCCGGCGGGGCCGGAGGAGGGCGCCCCCGGCGCCCCGCCGCAGCACAGGUCCGCCUCCUUCUCGGCCCCCUCGGCGCAGCCCGCGCGCGGGUGUUCGGGCCCGGCCGAGCCCGGCGCCCCCGGGGCCGGCGGGGAGGGCAGCCAGCCCUGGUACCGGGGCGUCCCGCCGGCCUUCCCCCCGAGCUCCGCGCUCGCCACCCCCGGCGCGGACUGCCAGCACGCCGCCGCCUGCCCCGGCCCGGCCGGCCCCUUGGUGGCCCACGGUCACAACCACCGGCCCAACGGUGGCAGCGCGAGCCCCGAGCCGGGCUCCUCGCGCCUGGCCUCGCGCGGGCCGGCGGCUCCGGAUGCGCCGCAUGCCCCGCACGCUCCGCCGCCGCUCUUCCCGGAGGGUGCGAGCACCGUGCGGCCAGAUGCUGGGCACCCGGAGGGCUCCGGCACGGCAAAGGUGAAGCUGCCCUGCCAGACCCUCCUCCCGCAGCCGGAGCAGGGGCCCUCGGUGGCCGAGCUGAAGCUGGAGGCGCUGACCCAGCGCCUGGAGCAGGAGAUGGACGCUCGCCCAAAGGCCGAUUACUUUGGCACCUGUGUGAAAUGCAGCAAGGGGGUGUAUGGAGCAAACCAGGCUUGUCAGGCCAUGGGCAACCUCUACCACGACGGCUGCUUCACCUGCGGAGCCUGCAGUCGAAAGCUGAGAGGAAAAGCCUUUUAUUUUGUCAAUGGCAAGGUGUUCUGUGAAGAAGAUUUCCUGUAUUCUGGUUUCCAGCAGUCAGCAGACAGGUGUUUCAUUUGUGGUCAUUUGAUAAUGGACAUGAUCCUGCAGGCUCUAGGGAAAUCAUAUCAUCCAGGCUGCUUCCGAUGUGUGGUCUGCAAUGAGUGUCUGGAUGGUGUGCCAUUCACCGUAGAUUCUGAAAACAAAAUCUACUGUGUCAGAGAUUACCACAAAGUUUUAGCUCCGAAGUGUGCAGCGUGUGGGCUUCCCAUCCUGCCCUCUGAGGGGUCUGAUGAAACCAUUCGGGUUGUGUCCAUGGACAAGGAUUACCAUGUGGAAUGUUACCACUGCGAGGACUGCGGGAUGGAACUGAACGAUGAAGAUGGGCAUCGCUGUUACCCACUAGACGAACAUUUGCUUUGUCACUCCUGUCAUCUGAAACACAUAGAGAAUGGCACAACUCCAGCAGCUGCCUACCAGCACCACUACUAGCCAGCGUGGCCGACAUCGGAAAGCUGGGACAGACAACUUGUUACAUGAUCUCCCUCUCCCCAUCCUCAGCUGAUUUCCUGUGCAUGUUUUUCUGCCAGUUGGCAAUAUUCCUGUAAAAGGAUAUGAGAGAUUUUUGCUGGAUUCCCAGAGUGUCUAUGCUUGUGAGUUCCAGCUCUAUCAAACCAUGUCUACUUGACCAAGAAUGUGGCAUGUUAUCUAAACUGAUUGGUUUACUUCUACGUGCCUUUUUCUGCUGUCUGGAGAUUCCUCUUGGCUCAUUUUGGAAGCUUCUUCAGUGAAAGCACAAUUUGCUAUCGUGCCUAUGAACUCAGAUCGUGCCAUGCACAAUUGAAAAGCCAGAGGCUGGCUUGUCUGCCUGCCUGCUGGGGACAUCCCGUCAGUCUACUAAAUGUUUCCUGACAAGCACAUUUCAUCAGAUUCCCUGAAGGACAUCAAGCGAUUAAUAUCAGGUUUUAGAUGCUCUUUUUUUUAAUUAAUUCUUUAGGAAAAGAAAAGAAAGAGGUCUGUACAAAAUGGUGCACUCAGACCUUUCAGUUAAUUCCCCAAACUCUGGUAUCAAGCCUGGCUUCAAAAGCACCAACUCUCCAAGGACAAACCAGGUGCACUGGCUGGCAGCUGGAGGCUGACACACCAUUUCAAACAGAACAAAAAACUGGAACAAGCUAGGCAAAGCUACUGCAAUGACUUGGGGCCCAGGCUUCCGUGUCAGCAUGAUACGCAGGGGCCGGUCUGCUGUGUCAGAGACCGAACAGAGGAUCAUGUUUGAAAAGGAAAGGUCGGGAUGCUGAAAGUGUGGACACGGGGGAAAUCCAUCCUCAUUCUUGCUUGCAGAGCUCACUUUGGAAAAAAGCUCUCUGUACACAGACACUCGCCUGAGUUUUCCAGUUUGUCCCCAUGGCUCAGCCCCCAGCCUGGCCACUCCUUUCCAUGGUGUUUGCCCAGCACAAAGCCAUUUCAUAAUGGUGCUUAUUUAGAGCUCUGGGAACAAACUUGAGAUUGUUAUGAAGGCUUUGUUACACAGGGAUUUAGAGCCCAGCUCCACAACCUGUACUCAGAUGAGUAUGUUGGUAUAAACAUAUUUGCUCCCGUGAAUAAUAACAGCUUAUCUGAGCAAGGGGUUAGAGGGCACUUACUUUCUGUUCUGCUGAGAAAGCAGAAUGGCAGAUGGUUUCACUUUUUGAACCCCCCUGCUUUAUAGGCAAAGAAAUCUGCUCCCUCAAUGUGUUAAUAUGUAAGCGUGCCUGCAGUGCAUGUUCUGUAGGUACCAAAGCUGUGCAGCCCCUCACGUACAGGUACAAAGUUAUUGUUGAAGAAAAAGCUCUUUAAUUUAAAGCCUCACAUGCAGUUGGGGAUCUUAGCUACCUUUUCCAACAUACUGUUGUGGAAAACUAGCUAAAUCCUCAUGUGUCUAUGCUAAAGAUGUAAAUUUGGUUCUGGCUGGCAGAGAAUGAAAUGAUACUCUUUAAUACCUUCUUAGUGAGGAAACUACAAUAAAUUAGCUGAGCAGUGGUACUGGGACUCCUGAAAUGAGUCUGUGCCAAGAACCCACUAUGGUUCAAACAAACCUUUUUUCCAGUAGCAUGGAUGUAGCUAGAUAGGUGCUUGAACUUUACAUCAUGGAGUCAGACUGCCCUGUGUACUCAUCUGGAGCAGCACAGGCGCCAGGUAGCAGCAAGCUGCCUGUCUGCUUGUGCUAAUAAAUACCAUAGGCCUCUGUUUUGAGUGGUGCAAGAUGCUGCACUCAGCGUUAAACAGAGGCACAAGCAUCUGCUGUAAAACAAAUGGAGACCGUGGCCUGUUAGCACCCUCCUACACGUCGGUAUCAACUUCCUCGGCUGAAAUGUGAACGUCCGAAACUGCCCAAGCCUCGCGAGCUUGGUGGUUUUGGUAUGCAGUUUCAUCGGGCUGACAGAUCAUCCAGCCUUCUGCCCCAUCGAGUCAUAAGCGCCUCUACUAUUGCUGCUGCCCUUGGGGACAGGGGUGGCAGCAAGUGGCUGGAGGGUCCUGCCCUAUAAACCAUCCAGAGUUCCAGGUUUGUGUAGCUUGGCUCUGUGGCACCGUUUCUCCUGGGGACAUGCAGCCCCUCAGUGAGUGACCAAAAGCCUGAGUGGGGGGAUUUUCCCACCAGUACAGGUGGCUCUGGGCCAUAUCUGUCUUUGGAGAGUUUUACCCGUGAACUUAGAGGAGGUAAAAUUGACCUCAAAUAUGUGAGCCCCCUAGAGCCGUAAAUUUAGCCUCCAAAUGCUGGAUGGCAAAGGGAUGGGAGCUGACACAAGAUACAACCGGUGCUGCAUGCAGGCAGUAUGGAUCGGGGCAGCAACAGCCGCGGCAGAUCCUGUAGUGCUCUCACCCUGGUGCAUGGCAUCAGCUGUGUCCUGCAGCACAGCCAGGGCCAGGGGGAUGUGUAUUUCAAGGUGUGACUGUGAUCUUAGGACUGUCUGAACCGACUGAGGUGAGAAAUAAUGCCAGCUGAUGUCCCUGGUAAAAAAGUCAGAUAGUCCCGGGGAAGUGGUUCCCCUCUCUGAGCUUCCUUUGGCAGCGAAGGCAGGGAGAUACGAAGUGGCUUCUGGAAAUCAGCUGGAAACACCAGCUUCCAUCAGCUGUUACUCUGUCUCUACAAUACCUGCUGCUGUGUGGCUCACGCUUUCGCUGGCUCUUGAUUUUUAGAGCAGCCCCUCACGCACAUUUUCUGGCUUUUGUUUCGGAAAGAUCUGAAAACGCCAAUGGGACUGAGACUUUCUUAAACGGUGGUUUAAACUGCUGUCUAACUCUUGCAGCCUUCCCCACAACCCCAAAAUAAGCAGGAAAGGAGGGGAGGGGGAGAAGGACGGUUUCCCGUUGUGGAAGGCCUGGAGCAGCCUGUGCGGUAAGCUGUCUGCAGGAGCCCCCUUCGCAUCACCGGGGAGCUUGGCCUCUGCUCCCACGCCGUGUCACCUUACUCCUACCAGCUGUCCCAUGUCCCUCAGCGCUGGGGAAAUGAAGGCUGCCCUACUUUCAGUUUUGAGGUCCCGUAUAAAUUAUUUAGUGCCAAUGCUCUCCUUUCCUGUAUUUACGAAGAGCUAGGAAUGACAAUGUGAAGCUCUUGCAGAUGGAGCGUGUGAGUUCAUGCUUUUAAAGCAAAGGCACCUACUGCAUUGCUCUGCUCCCCUACGCGUGCUCACUUGCACCGCUUGUAUCUUUGGGAGUUUGAAUUCGUUUAACCACGUUGUUAUUUUUCCUAGGCUGUGGGUGUCUGAGUCCGUGUUGAUUGUCCCGGGCUUGUCCCUGGCUCUGCAGCUGCCUGACAGUGGGUCCAAGGAGGGGGGAGGCAGGAGCGUCCUGCACAGGGGAGGCUUCUCCUCCUGACCCCCCCGCCAGACAUCUGUGGAGCUGCAAACCCUCGCUGCCUGCUUCCAGGCAGCUCCCCCGCAGGGAGGAACGGGCAGGCAGGUAGCUCUGGAGCUGGAGGUGUGAGAAUUGCAUCCUCUGCAGAAGAAUGUCAGAAAACAUGCUGAAUUGUGCCUAUCUCCUGGCUGAUAGCAUUGGGUUUUGCUGUUCGUGUGAACUUUGGGGUUUUUAUUUAUUAAGGUGCUGAAACGUGCUAUGAAAAGUUAGUCUUUAUUCCUCCCCCAGAGUGCUCUUCUGACUGGUUUUAGGGUAAGGGACCCUUGGAAGUCCCAUUGUGCUGGUAAUGAGUAACUGUCAUGCAAAUGGUUAUUCAAGUGAGUUCUCUGAAACUUGCUUUCAGGAACCGGCGCUUAAUAGAUAUUUUUUUUCAUUCAGAUCAUGCUGUUAAAUUUCUAUCAUUUAGAAUACAGAAACUCAUUUAAAUCGGGAUUCUUGCAUGAAAGCUGGGGAAAAGCCCCAGCUAUAGAAGCAGCAGACGUUUUUCUGUCAUUUGAAGUGUAACAAACACCUGUGUGAUCAAAGUGAUUUAGGGAACUGCCCUGAUGUUUGGUGAGGUCUGUGGCUCUUCAGUUUCCAAGUUUCAUUGGGGGGCUUUUAAAAUGUUUUCCUAGUCUUUCAGGGUUUAAGUGAUUUUUUCGGUAGAUCUUUUUACUACAAAGUGACCAGCUCCUUGGUGUGGAAGUGGUGGAGUUCCAUCAGCAUCAGGUGUGCUGUGGCAGCCUCAAAAGGGGGAGACUGGGCCCCUCAGAGCUGGUGUGGGUCUGGCUGGCUGUUCAACAAAGGGGUUAUCUUUGGCUGCCGAGAGAAAAAAGUAAAUAUCUUCCCAUGCUUUUUCCUUGUACUGAUUUUUAGCACUGGGAAAAUAUUUGGCAUCCCUGAAAUUCAGUAUUCAGGUCUGUUCAUAAGGACUGCUGUGACCUCUGCCUCUCUCCCCCAUGAGUUCACCGCCGUGGGGAGAAUCACAAGUGUAUGCUUCCUAAUGAAUUUAGUCCCUAUUUUGCACUUCCCUGGAAAUCUUACCACUUCAUUAUUUCAGCAACAGCAAAACCAGGUCCUUGCUGGAAGGAAAAUUAACACACGCUCUCCAUCCUUACUUUGACCUGAUCCUCCGAAUUACCUGAUUAUCGGACUGCUGCCAGUCGAUGCAGCAGAAGCUUUGUACUGUUUUUGCUAAGAAAAUCACAUGAAGGGCUCCAUCAGCAUUGGAGUUGAGAAGCGCAGGCAGUCCCACUGAAACCAGUAAGAUGUGCAUGUAGAUGAAAAUCGAUGUGUGUGUGUAGGGCAGUUGGGAUCAAGGGCAGAGUUAUUUUAUUGCAGAUGAGACAUACUUGAGGGUAAAUCUGUGGCAGUGUAAAAGUUGCCUUGAAAUGACCACUGAAGUGGACUGUCAACUUUCUUGCUCAAAAAACAGUGUGGGGGUGCACAGAGAAAGAAGGAUGCGACUUUAAAAAUACGGUAGCUGUAGGAAAAAGAGAGCAGGUGAUUACAGAGAGCAGGGGAGAAGGCGGCACGGAGAGGAGUUGUUCUAGUUUGUCGUGUUCCUGGACACUUAUUAGAGGGGGUUUUGUGGGGAAGUGCAGCUGCAUACACUGGUCUGGACCGUGCUUCUCCCAUGUCAGCCUUGGCUUCAUGCUCUGUGUUCGCUUUUGGGGUGGCGUGUGCUGUCGUGUCUAUGCACGUGGACAUACGCGGCAUGUGCUGCUGUGAGACACCCGCCCUUCAUGCCUCUGUGCCCAUACCAAGUGUCUGUAGAUGCAUUUUGAGCAACUUUCUGUGCAUGAGUGUAAGGACAAGUUGACCCAGGCUUCAUCACUGGAGAAACAUCUCUGGAGUCAGUACUUGUGGGCAGGGAAGGGCUAUGGCCAAAUACAUGUCCCUUUUGCCCCAGAUUCUUGAGGCCGAGCGCCUGCGUCGCUGGGAGAAGCUGGGAGGGGGGGUGCAUCUCUCAUGGCACCGCAUUUACGCUUUCAUUUUUCUUUUCCAUCUCUGCGUCCUGCCACUCGCUGGUUGCAGUGGCGCUAGGUGUGCUUACCGGAGCUGGCUGGGCAGGCUGCCUGUUGUGAACCCAGAGGGAGCCUGGAGCUGCUCACCCACCCUUUUCUUAAGGAGAAGCAACAUUAAGCUUUUCAGAGCAAUAAAAAUCCUCCCCCUGCUUUCUUCCAGGGCAGCCAGAAGCUCGCAUGGCAACAUGCAUCCGUAGCCUGCUAAGGCAAGAUGAGAGACGGGAAGAAACUGUCCCCGUGGGGUGGCCAGGCUGCAGCUCCCAUGCUGGCACCGGCCCUGGUCCCCGCGCAGCAGGUCUGCGGUGCACGGCCAGGUGGGGACCUGGGCACACACACGCAGGCUGUGGCUUUGCGUGCAGAGAGCAAAUCCAGAGCCUCACUAACGAUACUGAACGGUACUAAUUAUUUGGUUUCGUGUUUCCUUCAAAGCUCAACUCUGGGAGAGAGUAUUUUAGGUUUUGUGCUGGUGUAACUAACCUUAGCCACCUGUGAACACAGCCCUCUUUUCUUCUGUGCUGUUAAAUAUUUAUAAAGAAUGAAGGCCGGCAACGGGAGCGAAGCCACGGGCCUGUUGUGAUUUCAGUGAUUAAAGACAGUAUCAUCAAGCAA